GCAUGUCGCCACGUGGAUAACGGUGUCAUCCCUUUGAACGUUUCGGAGCGCAUGCUGUAUUUGUGACUACAAUCAGGACUUAAAUGAAGAAGCUUGUUUAAGCAUUACAUAGGAACACAGAGAAGGAUUAAACUGAUGCUCUUGUGUAAGCUUCAUAAUACUGCUGCUGAUUCUAACUAAACAUUAGUUACAGAGACAAGUGCUUUCGUGUUUGAGCAAAAGGAGCAACUUGGGUGGAUUUGGAUUUGUCAUCUCGGGUCCUUGGAGUGACAAAGGUUGGACCAAGCUUAACAUUUCGAGGAAAAAACUAAGGUAAUACAACGUCCAAUUAUUUCACGCUAGACAUUUGCGUACGAAAUCGUCGACACCAAAAUGUUCAAUCCCACAUGUACAACCAUCCAAAACAUUCUGAUCUGAUACUCCUAAGCAGGAAAAUCUACUAUCAGUAAGGGAAAUUGAUAAAAACUGACAUUGGGUCGAAAUCCCAGGACCAAAAUCAACAUUGUUGGCAUUUAGCAAACUCCACACAUUUCAUCAAUAUUCGGAAGGAAAACUGCGCGAAUGAACCAUUGAUCGGGAAUUACAACCACAGAGGACUAUUCGUACGAUUCCUCACUGCAGGCAGAAUAGCAGAUAAAAACCUCACUGUCUCCCGAACGGUAUCCAGCAGCCACGAAAACACUGCGAUCAGCCAUGCUGAGACGGAGCUAUAAAAAGCUUUGGGGUUCCCCCGAUCAUUUCGCCAUGGAAUAGCGCUCCGUUGGUAGUGACUUCGAAUGUUGGACAUAAUAUAUCCGUGUCGUAGUAUUUCAGUGUUAGAACCGUAUUUAGGUUUCCGUUAAGAUGGGACUUGGUGAAACAGUGGAUGGAAUAAGAAUGUGUAGCGUAAUGGAAUUAUUGUUGGUUCUAUUACUGACUGCUGGAUAUUCUCAAGGAAGCCACCAUUUCAGAAAGAACGGUCUGUCAUCACACGACGGUGUGUCAACCAUAGAGAAAUUUGACAAAUUUGAAGGAUAUUCAGAAACAGGGAUUUCUGAGGAUGAAAUGGAGCCCUUGGAGCCAACGUUUGAUGUUCCGAUAGUGAAUAUAUCUGUAGUCGCCUCACAAACAGCCCUUCUUCCCUGCUCCAUAGACCACUUGGGCAACUAUGUGGUUAUAUGGACAGACAAAAGCAUGCAGACACUGGCAAUGGGUGAAAAGCGUAUUGUAGAAGACCAAAGAAUCAGUGUUUUUAGACCAUUCCUAAAGGAAUGGAAUCUGCAAAUAAGAGAUAUCACAUAUGAGGACAGAGGAGAAUACAGGUGUACCAUUAAUACAUCCCCAGUAAAGAGCAAAAUUGUGAUUCUCAGGGUAAAAGUUGCACCGCAGAUCCUUGACGAUCUGUCCAGUGAUGACGUUACAGUUCGGGAAGGCGACACGGUACAACUCGUUUGUAAUGCUACAGGUAUUCCCCAACCCUCAAUCACAUGGUACAGAUUACCAAGUAAAGAGAGGGCAGGGGAGAAAGAACAAUGGGGUCAUUCUCAGCCUGCAUGCCACGCCACUAAAGGAAUCACUGGCAAGUCAGUAAGGUGGAAUCCUAAGAAAGACCGUAAAUAUAGAGGCAAUAAGGAAAAACAGAAGAUUGGCUUGAGCGGUGAAAUGAUCAUAAUCCACAAUGUCUCACGAUAUUGUGAUGAUUACUAUGAAUGUACUGCAAGUAACGGCGUGCAGCCGGACGUGGACAGGAGGAUGAAAGUAUCUGUACAUUUUCCACCAGAGGUUCGCCUGACUACGAAAAAACUAGGACAGGUGAAAGGAAAGGCAACCAUACUCGAAUGCAAAAUCACGGCCUUUCCUCACGCAAGAAGCUUUUGGAGCAAGGAUGGUAAAGAAAUAACGGGUACAUCGAAUAAAUACACCAUAGAAGCCUUUGAGGAAGGAACAAGAACAAUAUCGCUCAGCCUAACAAUAGAAGACCUCAAGAAGGAUGACUUUGGAAAGUAUACGUGUAUAGCAUCGAAUGGGUUGGGAAGUGAUGAAGGAACUAUGCUAUUACAUGAAUCUAUUCCACCAAAACCCAUAAAGCCGGAGGUAAAAACAACCGAGCCGUCAAGAAGCUGGGUUACAAAGACAUACAAUGAAGUAGACAACCAACAGUUUGGUACAGACAAGUUCAAUCCCAAUAUUAUAGCCAAAACUCCAGGCCCGCCAUAUAAUCAAGAAUCGGAGGAGAAUGAAAUCGACAAUAGGGUGAAUCCACUUCAUUCGGUGGACCAGGAGCAGUGGUGCCAUCUCAUUACCCGCCUGGCAGCUACAUGCCAGCCGGAUCGAGAAGUCGAGCAAACAGUGCAAGAUUAACGCUAAGCAGUGUGCUGGUUCUUCUAGUGACUCUUCUCUCAAUGCCUUUCAUCAUUUCUUGGCAAUUAUAACCUCAAUAUAGACAUCUGCAACACUAGUGUUGGUACGGAGAGUGAUUGGAACAGCUCUUUUAUUCCUACGUAUGCCAUUACAUUCAGCGUUCAGGGACAUGCCAGGACGGAGAUUCCAUGUCACUACUGAGACUUUACUGCUCUGCCAAAAAGCUGAAAGCUCCUUUUUAACAUGAAUACAUGGUCAACAUGUCGCAUUGACACUAAAAAUACUUCCGUAUUGUCAUCAUCAACAUAAAAAAUGGGUUCCCGGUGGGCAUGAUGGGGUUCCCUUGCUACUCUGAUCGACUCCGCCUCACUCUUAAGAACAGAUGGCAUGUUGUUGGAUUCGUUUAGCCUCAAUAGUAUCUCUAAAGAAAACUGCUAAAAGGAACCUACGAAUCAGCCCGAUUUUCAAAGUCCGCCGACGCAGUUACAAGUCUUUAAGUUUGAGACGUGCUUAGCAUUGGGUAUUGGUUACCAGGGUGCUUCCGACGAGCAUAACAUGUACGUACACUAGCGUAUUUUGCUAAUCUAUAAGGACGGUAUAUUUGAACUUUACAAAUAUCGACGUUACUACCAACAAACCCAAAUUGAGGAAUCGUCUUGUAUGUAUAUUUUUGUCUUUUCCUAAAGUUAUCGCAGCAGGUACUUCUUCACAAAAAAGACAAAACAUGUUCGUAAAACUCAACAAAGAGGAUAUAAACUAAGCAGAACUAAACGAUUGUUGAUGACACAAUCAGAAGCUUAGACCAAUGUAUUUGUCAUCGGAGUUUAGCCGAUGCUGUUUCGAAUUAUGUUUGCUGCAAAGGCACUUCUUGUUUUACAUGUAAUAACAAACACGGCGUGUAAUAUAUAACUGCCGUAGUCCCAUUUGCCUUUCCAUUUCAGUCAUUUACGGCGAAUGCAUUUUGCUUUGAUUAUGUUAGCCGCUAAUGUGAUUUUCACUGCACCAUUGAAAUAUGCAUACAAUCAGUUAAUAACAUCGGAAAGCAUUGUACACUUUUAGAGAGAGCGAAUUUAACAUCCGUUGAGCAUCAAGCGAGGUAAUACAUGUAGUGUCAAUUAGAGGCAAACAGGUCGUUCCUGCCAUUACUUUACCUUUUUUAGCUGAAGCAGACACUUUUCAACCUUUACUUCAAUGAACAUGUAUUACUGCCUAUCUCAAUUUGAGAUGGCCAUUAAUCCAUUAAGACAACUACUCCAAAACGAGGAACCCAUUUUUCUGGCACUUUAAAUCGAGGUAUGCAAACCAGCAUCUUAAGCCAAGAUGCUGACCACUCAGAUAAAGCUUUUUAAAACAUAUUCUAUGAUAUCAUAAUACAUGUAUAUCAUUGUUUUGCACACCAUUCUGGCGAGGUAUGAAGAGCAGUAUUGGUUUCCCAAUAUACCUGUAUAUAUAUUUUUCAAAUGUGUAUCAUAGUUCUUAGUGUGUUCAUGCAUGUCUUUAAGCAAAACGCAAGGAAAAACUAAGCCUUUUUGUUUUUGGUGAACAAUUGACAAAGCCGUGUUUCAAAAAGUUAUUUAUUGUUUUCCCGGAAGGCAACCUCAGGGAGUACCGCGGUAAUUGGUGCAAGGAGGGAGAUAACGAUUAUUGGUUAUUUAGCCAAACAACGAGAUACGAACCAAGAAAUACUGGAUCACUGCACUCACGGUAUCUACUUAGUUGCAAAUGGUUUUUAGAUGUAUUUCUGAGUUGCCUGGAUGACGGGAAAUCAUGUUCUCUAAAUGUUUCUACGUUACAAUCUGCUACUCCGAUUCACACAACACAGAUGAACACAUGUUAUAAGCGCAACAAAAACAACCGCAUUAUUUUCAUUGGAAAAAGCUUGAAACACAAGGUGUUUAGAUCGCACAACUGCAGAUACAACGUGGCCCAUCCUUUUUCGCGUGCUCCACAAGGUCAAUGUAAACCCUGCACCCCUCCACUCCGCAAAUCACAGAUCACCAUUUAUUUAAUUUCUCAGGAGCGUAAUUAUUGUUACAUUGAUUGUAAGUAAAAGCACACACUUGAGUGUUGCAACUUACGUCAGAUAUCAACACUUAUUUAGGAUCUGACUUUGACCUAACGUACAUUGUAAAUUUGUUCUCAAUGUUACAUGAACGUACCAGGACUUCCCGAUAUUGGUGUAUUUUUAAGGAUGGCUACUCAAAAUAGUGCACGCAUUGAUCCCAAAUGAGUUGUGAAACAGCGCCAACAUUUCUUCUGUCUUUAUAAAAAUCUAAUUUGAACGUUAAUUUUGAACAGAAAUCACACAUGUUCGCCUUAUCAAAUGUCUUCAGUGUUUCCUUGUGAUAAAAUGUUAUCAAUAUAAUGCAUUAAUGUGUUACCUCAAUACACCCAUUAUAGCGGGUUUCUAAGUAAUUUGAACUGUCUAGGUUAUUGAGACCAGUGACCGUCAGACUCUGCCCCCUUUGGUAGGUAGAAAGGAGACGUACAAUUUGACGUUGUGAAUGAUCAUUUUAGAUCGACCAAAAGCGGCAUAUGAGUCUGAACAUUUGGGUGAAAAACGGAAUAUCUUUUGUUCGUAAGGAUUCACAGCCGGACUAUUGACAAUUUAAGCGUUUGUUAUUUCUUCAUUACGAUACCAUUAUAACGAAUAUGACAAUGUAUGUUUGUAAAUAAAUGUACUCUAUGUACUUAUAUUACACGGUGUUGGGAUGGGCGGCGUCUACGGACACAAGGGGCCUUCUUUGUCCGGCAUUUGUGUGACUUUUAUAAAAAACAUAUAAUAUUGUAAAUAAAUUGUGAAUAUGAUCGUCAGGUAUACUGAACGUCGCUUUUUGAGAAUGCAAAUUGCGAUAUGAUGGUGUGAAAGCAUGAAUAAUACGCCAUCGUUUAGCAUGUACAAUUUCGUUAUUUUUUUUGUUUUGGUGUACGGUGUAUCUGUGGCAUUGUCAGUUCUCAUUACCAUUAACCAGGUAGAAACUUCAGUUGCUGAGAAUCGCAACCAAACAGGCAGUUUUUAUUAUGGUUAGAAAAACAUUGAAGCUGUGUAUGCGCGUAAUUUUUCAAAGAACUUCGGAGAACGUUUUGCAAAUAUGUAUUAGAAGGUGAUUACAAUCUAGACCUACACGUAUAAAAAUGCAGAAAAAAAGGUGCAGCAUUUUAACAAAUUCUAUAUCCGUGAGUGAAUACACUUGAACCUUUUAAUUUUGAAUGUAUAUGACAGCAUACAUGUACAUGUACAGUUCAUUCUAUGUGUUCUGUUUAUGUUGAACAUUGUUGAAAAUGUAUAUUUUGAACCUGCUUCUGUAAGAAUAUCAGAUUAAACAGUUAGUAAAAUAUUUGAAGAGUUGAUGGGUGUAUUUAUUUGAUAAUGUUUCUUGGACUGAAGUAAUGAUAACAAAAUGAAAGCCAUUUAAUCAGGCUGUGAGUAUUUGUUGCAACAAAUCGCACCACAUACACGAAAAGGUGAAAUUAUUCAGUAGCUCUGUCAGAUACGGGUAUCAUAUGGCUAAAAAGAGAUUGAACUCGCACGAUAAAGGGCUUGGCAUACAUACUGUAGAAAUAUGCAGUAUGUACCUUCUGUACUUUUAUAUAUUUUAAGUAGUCUUCUUUAAACCAUGACAAAUCCGUUCUACAGCCGUUUCGGUUAUUUCAGUACUUAGGGUCCUUAGAUUCCGGUCUGAAAUCGGUGAAACUAGAGUAUACACCUGUUUGGUGCAGGACUUGCAUUGUGAUUCCGAUGUAUGAACUUUGCUAAUUAAACAUCUCAUCCAUUGAAAUGUUGCAAUUGACAAACCAGUUCUAUUACUAACCUGAACAUGUUCUUAGUUUUCCAAUUUCAAAAUUGCAAAUAAAUUGUGGUGACGCGUUGAAGCCGGUUGAGGCGCGUCUACGUUUAAACAUGUAACAUAGGCAUUUUGUACAGGCGCACCAAAACCGGCUUAAACGCACUAGACACGUUUUGAUAAAAUCUAAAAUGUGUUGAUGAACUACAAAAAAAUAUCGAACAAACGUGUUGUUAAGACUUCAUUUAUAGAUGUUACAUUUAAUGUUUUCUAGAAUGAUUCUUGCUUCCAUACUCUACAAAUAGGUAUUCCGAGAUGGGGCUUAAAUUGAUAAGCAUAUGUUCAUUGGAAAAUGGUAUUUUCAGAAGCAACACUGCAAGUUAAAGAAAUUUAAACAUGGACUCUGCAAUAUUAUGAGGUCUAUGGUUCUCUAAAAAUUAUAGAAAUUUGCCGAUAUUCGGUAGUGAGCAAAACAUAGACCUUACAAGGAUCUUACCGCCGGCAUUUGUUAUACUCAGUUUGAUAUAGUGAUAAUGCCCCCGGUAAAGCUACUUGUGUCUAGUCAAAUCGUAGUUAUCAAGGUCCAUUCGGAGACGAUCGAGACACUCAACACAGUGUAUACCAUGUAUACAGUAUUUCAAGGGAGCGACGGAAUGUGUAUAUAUUGCAAAGUUAUCUAUGAAAUGAACACCCAGCGUAUAUUUGCUAUGACCAUAUUACAGAAACACUAUUAUGCAUGAUUUCUUUCGACCAGAAAACUAGAUAUACCGUGCUGGUUAUGAAAACUGGGUUGUCAGAGAAGUUACAUUGCUUGAUGCUGUGUUGGAUAAUGCAAGCAUGAACUGAAAAUGCAAUAUGAAACGCGGGGCAGACACACUGAUUCCCAGUGUUUUGCAGCAAUUCAUACUGCAGUUUCUGCAAAGGGAUGUCAGAGGAUAGGGCCAGUCAUCUUUUGGUUGUAACGUCUCGUGUUGAUGCUACCAUUACUAUCGAAUAUUGAACAGCUUAAUGAUACUAACAAUUGUCUUUGUGUAGUGAUAUGUCAUUUUUCGUUUAGACUAGGAGCAUUGUGUAGGUGCUGUACAACAUUAUUUGUAAAAACCAUACAUUUUAUACAAUCUAAACCAAUAUAGUGAAGCAAAAUGUACUCAUUGUCACAUGUAAUUAUGCACUUCAUUGUCAACAUGGCAUCUAGUGUUAGCUUUGGUUUAAGUAAAUGUAAUUCUCAUAAAAGGAAAGCAGGUAGGGUUCAUCUGAGCAAUCAAUUUUAGAUGAUUCAAGGCCAGGUUUAUACAGAGGUACAUAGUAUACGAUCACGCCGGAGAACAAAGGUGUCAUGGUCAUGAACCCUUUGUGAAGCCUUUGUUCACGGGUAUAUCCGCGUACAAUGAAGCUCUUGUAAGCCUGGCAUUAACCCUUCAAAUUGGUAAAUGAGAUCAUCAGGCUAAUUCAAAAGAUAACAAUAACAACAUUUCCUCUUAUUACGACUGAAAGAGAAGAGUAGUUAGCGCUUGUGUAAACUUGACGUUCUCUUACACUCUCUUUUAGUUUGAACAAUACGUUACUUUUCGAUGAUCAAUCGUAUCAACUUGAUUUAAGCUUUCAUAGCUCACACGGCAACUUGGUUAGAUUUAAUGUCAUAAGAAGACUAAAAAACAAUUAUCAACCAAUUAUACGUCAAUGUACUUCUUACAGUCUCUUAACAGAAUGGUGAAAGGGUCAUAAUGACAAUGAAUGUCACCUGUCAUUGCAACUUAUUGUGGUACCUUCAAUGAGAAGGUGAUCGCACCACGAGAUGCCAUACUUAUUGCCGCUCAUGAUAGGUCUCCAAGUUGGUACUUUGCAAUGACACUUGUUCCAACGAAGGUGUUAUCUAUUUACGUUUUAUAGAGCUACACGUAUAUAUAUUUUGGCACCAUGGGAUAAUAUAUAAUAUUUGACGCAGUCCAUAAGUAUAAGCUUUAUUGCAAAAUGAAUGUGGAUUGUGGUAGAUUCUGCGCGCGGAACUUCAGUUGAUUAUGUCAUGAAAUGGGUUGAGAUUGUUGAAAAGAAGUUACAAGAACACAGAGAUUUUAAGCUGAAUUUCAUGACAAGUUCGGCCAAGUUCAAGGGUUUUUAAACUGUUACAGUCGCCUUGCAUGUAUGUGUAAUUUUGUGUCACACGAUGUUUUGAUCAACAACAAAUAUAUAUGAUUCAUCUUCGUUUAUACAAA